AUGAAUCUUCUGUUAGAAAGUUUUGUACGAAGUGUGCGAAUUUGCUCUGGUUCAUUCUAUCUUCUAUUUAUCCUAAUAUCCAUACCAAUUUCGUUCAAUAUUGGAGGUCAAUAUUGUGGAUUGUCAUUUACCGUUACAUUAUUCAAUUUAUAUUUCAUAUCCACAACAUUACAUUUCUUAGCUAAAAAAUGGGCUAAUAAAUUAUUCAUUUUCCUAUCCUUUAUACUCUACUAUUGUCAACAUUUAAUAAUUGCAUCAUUAUUAUAUCUAUUUUUAUCUGGAUUUUCAAACAAUGAUCUCGAAAAUAUGAUCAGAGAAAGUACCAAACCAACAGAAUCUAAUUGGGUAAUAUAUUAUUAUUAUUACAAAUUUUUCGUUAAACCAUGGCAAAUUUCAUUAUCAUUUUGUUCACCAUUUUUCACAAUGUCUGAAGGAUUUUUCACUAUUUUGGCUAUCCAAGCAAUUGGAGAAACAAAUAAAUGGUUAUCAAAUGAAAAGAAAUCAAAUACUUGGAUUAUAUCUUCUUUAUUAGCGUCUGGUGGUGUUAUCACUACAGCAUUAUAUUACCUUUAUCGUAUCUAUGUUACACCAAUUUGGAAUCUUUCUGUUCAAACAGCAACAUUACUAGGAUUUGUAUUAUCAUUGGUUGGAUCCUUAGGAAUAUAUGGUAUUGUAUCUGAAAGAGGCUCUGUUGUAGAAAGUUCAUUGUUUUUUGCUUAUAUUGUAAGGUGUAUUUAUGAAAUUUCUCCUCAAUUGGCUACUAGUGCAACAGAUGAAAUAUUUGCAAUGUUUAGAGAAGUUUGGCAAGCACGUCAAAAUUCUUUCCCAAUUAAAGAUGAUUUGAUAUUUUAUUAUAGUGGCAACAUUUUAGUUAACGCUCAAGCAAUGUGGAAAUCAUUUAAAGUGAAAACUUUAGCAUCUCCUUAUUAUUUAAAUUUUACAUUUUUCUCAUUAACAAAUAUUAAAAAUGCUUUCCAACCAAUAUGGAAAUUCUUUAAAAAUUUUACAAUUAGUGUUCCUUCUUCGAUCACCGAAUUAUUUUGGAUUAUAGUAGAUAUGGCUUCUGAAUCUGUAUCACCUGCAGUGGUCAUUAACCUAUGCUUCAGAAUUUUAAUAUUUUAUUCUGCAACAAGAAUUAUUCCUGCUUUACAAAGAAAAAACUCAAGAGAAAGAAGAAGAAGUCGUCGUUUAAUGAGAGUAUUAUAUUGGUAUAGUCCAUGUGUGCUUAUUGCAAUGUAUACACACUUAAUAUUACAAUAUUCUGGGGAGUCAAAGAAUGAUAUGUGUAUAUGGGGAUGUAAUUCUAAAUGGAUUCCAACAUCAUUUAGAAAGCCGAAAUCUGAACAAAUUAUAGUGAAUUCAUGGGGUUUCUGGAACUGGUGUAACAUAUUCUGGACAAUUUUAAUAUACAGUAAUGAAUUAAUAGGAAAUGCAUCCUCAUCGAAUAAUAAUGAACUAUGA